GCCAGAUGCACACUUGCCAUUCCGCUCGCACCCACGCAACAUCGUACGAAGGAAUUUUCAUACCAGUUAGCUGUGAAAAGUAUUUAGCAGAAAUAGAUUUGGGAAACUAGAGAGAUUUCGAGGCUAUUUCGGCGCUACCAACCAUCGUUCGCGGCAACCUCGACACCCAACAGCAGCAGUAGUGCACCAGAUCAACACUUCCCGACGCAAACAUGGGCGACGUGAUGAAUAUCGACAGCAUAAUAUCGCGACUUCUAGAGGUGCGUGGGGCACGGCCAGGCAAAAACGUACAGCUCUCGGAGGGCGAAAUUCGGGGACUCUGCUUGAAGUCGCGCGAGAUCUUUCUAUCGCAGCCCAUUCUGCUCGAGCUGGAGGCGCCGCUAAAGAUCUGCGGCGACAUCCAUGGACAGUACUACGAUCUGUUGCGCCUGUUCGAGUACGGCGGCUUUCCGCCGGAGUCGAAUUACCUGUUCCUGGGCGACUACGUCGAUCGCGGCAAGCAGUCGCUGGAGACCAUCUGCCUGCUGCUCGCCUACAAGAUCAAAUACUCUGAGAACUUCUUCCUGCUGCGCGGCAACCACGAGUGCGCCAGCAUCAAUCGCAUAUACGGAUUCUACGACGAGUGCAAGCGUCGCUACAGCAUCAAGUUGUGGAAGACAUUCACGGACUGCUUCAACUGCCUGCCGGUGGCGGCCAUUGUCGAUGAGAAGAUCUUCUGCUGCCACGGCGGCCUCAGUCCCGAUUUGACAUCCAUGGAGCAGAUUCGUCGCAUUAUGCGACCCACCGAUGUGCCCGACCAGGGCCUGCUGUGCGAUCUCCUGUGGUCCGAUCCCGAUAAGGAUACCAUGGGUUGGGGCGAAAACGAUCGCGGCGUUAGCUUCACCUUCGGUGCCGAGGUGGUGGCCAAGUUUUUGCAGAAGCACGAGUUCGAUCUCAUCUGCCGAGCCCAUCAGGUCGUCGAGGAUGGGUACGAGUUCUUUGCCAAACGCAUGCUGGUCACCCUGUUCUCGGCGCCCAACUACUGUGGCGAGUUCGACAACGCCGGCGCCAUGAUGUCCGUGGACGACACGCUGAUGUGCUCGUUCCAGAUCCUCAAGCCAGCUGACAAGCGUAAAAAGUAAUAUCACACACAUGCACCAAGAGCAGUCCUUUUCUAUCUAAAACAGAUCAAUAAGAAACCCUACCAAGAUACAAAACAAAAACACAACAACAAGAGAAACAAAUACAAAAAACCAAAACAUCCACAACAAUCAGAAAUAAAAUGCUUUGAAACAACACAUCAAAUGAUGCAUGAAACCCAGGGCGAUUCAAAAUCCACAAGAAAAUCCCUCAGCAAUUCGGACAGCCAGCGAAUGCAUGCGUGCAUGGAGUAGCAGCGAUUCACGAUCAAAGGACAUCCCCUGGGUACCUUCCAGCAGAUGAAUGCAGUCUUUCCUUCCACCCCCAUUGAGAUUUAAAUCGCAAUUACAAACACAUUGACAAAUACCAUGAUUAAAAGCCACAUAUUUAUUUUUAA